GCCCGUGCUCCAGGGGAGCCGCAGAACCAGGCGGACCGAGACAGCCGGAAAGACACGGUCAUUCCUCUCAGCCAGGGAUGCCAAAUGACAGACGUCGAAGCAGGGAGAGUCAACUCCUGUGUUUAAAAUCACGCGAAGACGCUGGUGAAAUUAAAGCAGUCGUCUGGAAUUGUGCAAUAGGCACGCGCUAAUAUUAUCUUUUUUUUUAAUCGAUUAAAUACAUAAUUAACAGUUUUCUGAGCACUGCAAACAACAGACUGGCUAGUUAGAAAACUCGAGCAUGACUUAUAUGCAGCCCGGGCCAGAAUGGGACUAGGGCGGAGGGAAAUUACCGGGUUUGUUUUUUUUUUUUCGGGGAUCAGUUGCUGUUCUGCUGAGAGAGAGAGAGAGAGAGAGAGAGAGAGAGAGCGAGACAGAGCGCUCUAAGGCUCUGACUCUCCGUGUUCACAGCGGACCUUGAUUUAAUGUCAUACAAUUAAGGCACGCGGUGAAUGCCAAGAGCGGAUCCUCAAAGCUUCAUGAAAGAUCUCUCUAGAGCAUACCACAACAAUAACGUUAAUAACAAAAAUAAUUGCAAUGAGCUUUAAAAAAAAAAAAAAAAAAAAAAAAAAAAAAAAUUAAAAAAAAAAGGAAAGAAAGAAAGAAAGAAAAUGAGAGACAAAGCAAUAAAGAGCUCGACAACCUAUACUCACCUACGGAAACCGAGACUAACUAGGACUGGUGGACUGAUUGGCUCAGCCCAGUGGAAAGGAGAUGCCGCUGCCACGGGACGGGCGCCCGCGGGGGCAGCUGUCAGCAGAAGGUAACGGGGCCGUGGGGGGCUACUGGAGCGGUGCGGUAGCCGCGGUGUUUUUUCAAAGUAGUGGUGACUCGACCUCUCGCUUUCUUGGGCUGAACAAUGUAAAGUCGAUUAAUGGGAAAUAAAUACAUUUUCUAAUAUUAUCAUCGCGAGGAUUGUUCUUUGCGCAUCGCUCAGCCGGUAGCUAGGAGUGCCCGCUCGGUAGUGGCUCCUCCUCUUGCGGGGCUCCUCUGGAAGCCUUGGGGCAGCGGCGCGGUGCGCGGGGACAGCGGAGCAGCGUCUGUGCCGGCGAGGCAGAGCCAUGUGCAGAGUUGGUGCACGGGGCGGGGGGUGCCCGAGGGGCCGCGGGGGCACUGCAGCAGAGCCAUGUGCGGAGGAGCAGCUUGGAUGAGCGAAGAGGAAUGUGCGGAGGUUGCGACGGAGAGGCGGGGAGGAGGGAGCAGCGUAUGGGCACGGUGUGGGGAGAGCGGCGCAGAGCGGUGCCGGCGGGCAGCGGCGGAGCGGCGUGCGGGCUUUGUGCGCUGGCCUGGGCGGCGGGGCGAGGCGCAAGGCAGCGGCCGGCGAGCGCGGAGCUGACGCGGGGAGCUGUGCCAGCAGCAGGAUCUUCCCCAGUCCCAGAGAGAAGCAAAGUGACCUGCCUGGUGCUUCAAGGCUUGGUGCAUGGCAGUGACUGCCACGGGGUGAGAGAGUCCGUGAGCCAGCCAGCAAAGAUACGGCACAGGGGUCUGCAAGAUGAAGGCUGUUCUGCAGCUCACAUGGACGUGGAAGAGCAAAAAUGAAAGACUACCCAGGCUCAUCUGUAUGGAAACUGUGAAAAUGCUUGGAAAAUUUGGGGAAUAUAGAAGCCGAGCAUUAGGAAGCUUGCAGCUGAUGCUGAGUAGGAACGAAGACUGAGAUUCUCUACAAAGUGAAGAGUAAUAAUUUUUCAAUUUCAGAAGCUUAUAUGGCAAUAUGGAGAAGCACAGAAAGGAGACAAAUAAUUCAAAGAAUAAUAGAACUGUGAAAAUUACUUUUUUUUUUUACCUUAAAAUGCAUUUUCUUCUGUCGUGUAUGCUCAUUGUUUUGUGUUCAGCUUAACACAUUUGCACAAGCAAGCUUCUUUCCAGCAGACAUAAGUAUUUUAUGGACAAACACAAAAAUCACUAGAUUUUCACGUCUCCAGGCACACAUUGUUUUGUUCCAUUUUUUCAAGUACUUAACCCUCUCAGAAAUUAAGAACAAUUCUGUCCAGCAAGCAAGAGCCACCGACAUGUCCCAGGUGAUUAUGGGAUGUCUUUGAAGAGUCGUUUUCUGAUGAAAACUUGUCAGCAGAAUCUGUGUUGGAUUCCUGACUGCAGCAUAUUUCUUCCUUGUACCACAUGAAGUAGGAUGAAGGGCAGAGAAGACAGUGAUUAGGGAUAAAUCUGGAGCCGUGGGACUGAAACUCCAGCCCAAAGCCUGCCCUGAAGGAGGGCAUAUGGAAGUCUGCUAAGGAACAGGAGGGCAAAUCUUUCACUCUGCUUAUGUUUGCCCAGAUCUGGAAUGUAGAAAAACCAUCAAAGGGAAGCAGUAGCUAAGUCCAAGCAGGAGAAGGCAGUAACAACUCCUGUGAAGCAAUUUCAAAUAUCAGAGCUAACUCAGAACAGCCUUAUCAGUGAAAGAUAAAGAUGGUUGAUCUUUUAAAAUGCCCUUGAAUAAUACCUACCAAACCAGAAAGUUGGUUUUGAAUCUGCUAGAAUUUCAAGGCUACACUAAAUUAUUGUUUACAUAUAGAGUCCUUAACUAAUACAAUACAAAUCAAUAUAAUUCACACUAGUAUAUCAUACGUUCCUCAGCCAAAACUCCCCAUUUCCUUGUCAUGUUUCAGCCUUUACAUCCUCUAGCAAGUGAUUCCUAUGUGUUCCUUAAUUUUAAAAAUUCUAUCAACCUAGUCAUACUAGCAACCACUGCUCCUGUGGCAGAGAAGGACAAGGUGGGCUUUUACCAUCAACACUGUUCAGAGUGUUAGCAGUAAAGCUGGGAGAGAUGAGCCCCCACCCCUAGGUGAGACAGAUUGCAGCUAGAAUGCCCAAACUGCACACAGAUUUGCCAUGCCCUCCUGUUCCUACUGAGAGCUGACAUGCUUAGAAAAUAUUGUACUGGGAGAGAAGGAUUAGCUGACAUCACACUAACAGAGCAUGUUCUGAUGGUUCUGUAGGAAUAAAAUAAGGAGAGAUGGAGUGGUUCUAGGGACCCAAUUUAGCAGAAUUGAAUUUCCUAAUUUUUCAGUUUGCCUAACAGUGAGAGAAUAUACAGUGAUAUAUAGAGGAAUGUUAACAGGGUCAAAAAUUGUCUGAACUCUCUCAAACAAGCAGCUUCAGAAAAACAAAACCCUGGAACAUUCCCAGAAAGAACUUAAGAAUAUGAUCAAGAUGAAUAAGAAAAGUGACUUGACAUUCUGUAGUUAAAAGUCUUCUACAUUCUGGAUCCUGGUUAUGAAUUAUUUAGAAGUGUUUGGAAAACAUCAUCGCUUAUGGAAAAAGAUCUGCAUCUCUAAAGGGAUCACAGAUUUGUGAACAGGAUCUUAAUUUAUUAUUUCAAUAUACCUUCUCAAGGGUGCCCAGCUACUGAAAUAAGAAAAAAGUAAUUUUAAGAA